AUGAACUUCCUUUCCAAGCUCGUUCUGAGCCUGCUGGCCUUCAAGGCGACUCAGGCGAUCCAGACGUCUUUCCAGCCUAUCGACUUCCCGGCACCGGAGCGGGAACUCGCGCAUAUCCUUCCUGGAGAGUACACUCAGCUCUCGCACGCUGCUUUCCCUGGAUAUGGGGUGCGCGUGAAGCGUACUGAGGGGUGGUGCGAUACUGGUGUGAAGGUGUAUACUGGGUACCUUGAUGUUGCACAGGGUGCGAAGCAUAUGUGGUUUUACUUCUUCGAGAGCCGCCGUAGCCCCGCAACAGACGACUUGGUGAUGUGGGUCACUGGCGGCCCUGGGUGCUCAAGCAGCAUGGACAUGCUUAUGCAGAUCGGGCCGUGCACGGUCGACCCCUCAGGGAACGGCACGCUAUACAACCCCCACGGCUGGAACGCAGAAGUGAACAUCUUCUACCUCGACUCACCCGUGAACGUCGGGUUCUCCUACUCCGAGUUCGGGGAGGAGGUGUACACUACCGAGGAUGCGGCAAAGGAUGCGGCGGCGUUUGCGUUCAUCUUUACAGAGGCAUUUGCUGAGUUUAAAGGGAGACCGUUCCAUUUGGCUGGGAGCUCGUAUGGGGGGCGAUAUGUGCCGGUGUUUGCGAGCGAGAUAUGGGAUAUGAAUCGGAGUGCGGAGAAGAGGGGCUUCACGCCCAUCAACCUGAAGAGUAUCGUCAUCGGCGACGGGAUCACCGAUGCUAAGGAGACGAUCCUCGCCUACUAUGACAUGGCAUGCACGAGCGCCUCCGUCCCCCCAGUGCUAGACAUCAGCACCUGCGUACGGAUGCGCCGGGCCCUCCCGCGCUGUAGGGAAUUGCUCACGGCUUCGUGUGAGCUAGAACAGUCUGACCUCGCAUGCACGGCCGCUACUCUCUUCUGCGAGAACGAGCUGAGCGCACCGUAUCGCGUUACAGAGCGGAACCCUUAUGACCUAAGCGAUAACGAAUGUAAAGGUGGGAUUCAUGCGCUUUGUUAUCCUAUCUUCAACAGCAUUUCGAAGUAUUUGAACACGCCUUCCACGCGAGCGCAGUUGGGUGUAGAUCCUGCCGUAGGGGUGUUCGUCGGAUGCAAUAACACGAUCAACGCUGGCUUCAGGGAAAGGUUCGACAGCUACCGUCCAACGUCAUUCUACGUCUCCUCCCUGCUCGAGCGAGGCGUGGACGCGCUGAUCUACGUUGGCACCUACGACUGGAUCUGUAACUGGGUCGGCAACAUCCGGUGGCUCGAAGCGCUCGAAUGGCACGGGCAAGCGGCGUUUAACGCCGAGGCACUCAGUACCUGGGCAGGAGGGGAAUGGAAGGCCGCGCAGGUGGAGGGGAAGACGGGAAAGCUGUUGUAUGCUACUGUGCAGGGGGCGGGGCAUAUGGUAGCCUACAACAAGCCAAGUGCGGCGGUGGCGAUGGUGAACAAGUGGAUCGGAGCGAGGGAGGUGUAG